GCACAUCAACUUGAACUCAUUCUAUGGCACCGUCCCCACCACGCUCAUCAACAUGCCCGCCCUCUCCGUCCUCAUGAUGAGUAACAACUACCUCACGGGUGUGCUACCCAAGCCAGCAGCCACGCUCAAGGCGCUGGGGCGCGGCGCGGGCUGCAGCGUGUGCGGGUCGACUAACGGGCAGGUGCCGCUGUGUGGCGGGGCGGUGUGCACGCCAGACCCCUCGGCGUACGUGGCGUCCAAAGUGCCCAACACCGCCUCCGCCCCCACCCUCGCCCUCAAGUGCCCCUCCGCCCCUCUUGACGCCAAUUCUUCAGCGGCGGCAGUGCUGAACAUAGGGGCGGCGCUGGGAGUGACGCACUCGGACUGGAGCGCCAGCAGCGGGUGCAACCUCGUGGGGCAGACCACUGCACCCAAGUCGUGGCCAGGCGUGUGGCGCAGCGGCAACGGCACCAUCCUCUCCCUCACGUUGGACAACAUGAAUCUGCAGGGCAGCAUCCAUGCUGACAUCACUAAGCUCAACACUCUCACCAACCUCAACCUGGGGUACAAUCUGCUGUAUGGCCGCCUCGCCACCUUCGUCUCCAACAUCACGCUGCUCACCGCCAUCGUCACCCUGAGCCUCAACUUGAACUACCUCUAUGACAGCGUGCCCUCCACGCUCCUCAACAUGGCGUCCCUCACCGAACUGUCAGUUCCACUCACCCUACAGGCUGUAGGAAGGGUGUCAGGUGCUGCAUGGCUCUCGCUCAAGUCGAACCUGCUCAAGGCGCGCCUCGACGAGUUUGCCUACCGCAUUCCCUCGCCCACCUACCUCGUCGAGCUGUCAGUCGCCUCCCAACGCACCACUCAUCUGCUGCUGCCACCUCUCCUCGCCCCGCCAUGCCUUGCUGCUCCUUGCGUGGCAUGGCACCACUUGCUUACCAGCUUUCCACUUGUCACAUCUUGCCUUGCCACCUUCCCCCCACGUCACGUCUUGCCUUGCCACCUUCCCCCCAUGUCACAUCAUCUGCCCUUGCCACCUUCCCCCCACAUCACGUCUUCCAGCGGGUUGUCGUACAACUACCUGACGUACCGCGUGCCGCCGUUGUCGGCCAAUCUCAAGCUGAUCGACAUGAGCUUCAACUUCCUGUCGGGCUACUUCCCGGCCAACUCUGCCCCGUCAUGCAGCGCCAACAACAACUGCCUGCUAGCCACCACCACGUGCACCACUGGGGGCGCGGUGCAGCGCAGCACGGGGUGCAGCUUUUGCAACGCCACGAUGGGGCAGGGCAUGCUGUGCCGUGGCAAGGGCAUCUGCACCCCCGACAACGCCGUGCCCUUGAAGGCCGGCAAGCCCAACGCUGUCGGCGCCGCCAACCUGCCCAUGGCUUGCAUCAGUAAGUAUCUCAAACCUAAACCUCGGGGGGAGGAAAAUGGAAUCAGGGAGGUUGCUGCGGCUGUCGCUGGUUCAUGCGAGAGUGACUCUGUUGGCUUGAGCCUUCCUUCCGUUUCUUACCGUACUCGUUCUCCUUGCCCCGCCCACCUGCACGUGUACGUGUGUGUGCAGGUGUGGUGUGCGUCAGCCCCCCGGCCAUAG